GGGGCACGCCGGGAGCCGUAGUCCUGCCGGAGCGCCGGGGCCGCAGCCGAGAUGAGCUCCGCCGCAGUCAAGGUACCGGCGGCUUCGGGAAGGGGGCGGGCGGCAGCGGCGGGCAGAGCCGCUGGAAGGCGGCGUUUCCCCGUCCCCCUCGCUCAGCCGGCCCGGGCCGCGCUCCGGCCGCCACCGGCUGGUUGGUGCCUUUCUAUCUGCCUCGUUGCCUUCCGCUGCCCGCAGGAUUGCAGAAGGGCGGAAAUGGUGGUUAAUAAAGACGGAUCCACGGCUCUGCAGUAGCAGUGCUCUUGAAAUCAUGGAGGGAAGCAAUUAACUUAACGCGGUUUAGUCACAAAUGACAGUGCAGGCUGCAAAGAGACAAGGAGUUACAGAGAGGGUCAAGAGAAACGUCUCUGCCAGCUGAGGGAGCAGGGUCUGCAACUGUGUGGUGAAAGAAAUGAGAUCGCAAGCCGAAAAGUUGUCAGCCAGGUCCCCAGGAGUCAAAUAGUAUCAAAUAGUAUCUCACAGACACCCUAUGCUUCCCUUACAUGUAUAUAUAUUUAGAAGUCAUCGUUCCUGUUUCUUUCCCUGCAGCCCAGUCUGAGGUUGGGCUGGUACUGAUGGGAGGAGGGCAGCAGGAGCCCCGGGGAUCCUCGUCCAGGAGCUGGCAGCCGCUGCCCAGUGAAACAGAAGCGCUGCACACAGCUUCGGUUCCAUCGCUUCGUUUCCCCGUGCUGCGUUUCUGCACUGGGAACUGCUGUGAGCCUGACAGUCUCUCCAGCUGUCUUCUUUAUCCAGGACAAAAAGCUAGAGAAAGAAGCACGGCUCCUAAAUUUUUACACCGAAUAGCUUAGGUUGGAAGAAGGGACCUUAAAGAUCAGCGACCUCCAAGCUCAAAGUUGAUUAAUCUGUUCUGAUAGCAGGGCUGGGGCUGCAGCACAGCACGUGGGGAUGCAUGUGCAGCUGGCUGCAGUUCCCAGGACUGAAUCCAACUGGCUGGUUACCUGUGUCCUGAGCAUAGAUUUGGGGGCGUGGUGCUUCACUCAUUGGCUCCUAAAUCCUUCCUCUGUCCCAGCUGAGUUAAAGGGUAAAGAGAAGCAGCAGUUCUUUUAUUUCGUGGGCUGGAUUGUACGCGCUGACCAUGGCUUCAGAAAAGCCAAUACUUUACAGCUAUUUCCGAAGCUCCUGUUCAUGGAGAGUGAGAAUCGCGCUGGCUCUUAAAGGGAUUGCCUAUGACCAGGUGCCAGUGAACCUCGUGAAGGACGGGGGGCAGCAGUUUUCUGCUGAAUUCAAAGCAGUGAAUCCAAUGAAGCAAGUCCCAGCCUUGAAAAUUGAUGGUAUCACCAUUACACAGUCGCUGGCUAUAAUUCAGUACCUAGAAGACACUCGUCCUAACCCGAGGCUCUUGCCCCAGGAUCCAAAGAAGAGAGCCCAAGUCAGAAUGAUCUCGGAUCACAUUGCUUCUGGCAUUCAGCCACUCCAGGUAUACAGUGUUUCAGGAAGACAGAGUGAGCUCAAGAACUUGGGCAGAAGAAUACCGUGGCAGCUUCUGUUACAGAAGAACAGGUCUAGGAGAAAGCAGAGAACAUGGUUCAGCAAGAGAGAGGUCAAGACUGACUCAGCAGGCCGAGUUCAGAAUUUGAGUGUCCUGAACAAAGUGGGGGAGAGAAAAAUGGAAUGGGCUCAGCAGUGCAUCACAUCUGGAUUCCAAGCACUAGAACAGAUUCUGCAGCACACUGCUGGCCGCUACUGUGUGGGAGAUGAGGUAUCCAUGGCUGAUCUGUGCUUGGUGCCUCAAGCUGCCAAUGCUGAAAGAUACGGUGUGAGCCUGGAUCCAUAUCCUACAAUAACUAGAAUAAACAAAGCUCUCCUGGAGUUAGAGGCAUUCAAAGUAAGCCACCCAUCCCGACAGCCAGACACUCCUGCAGAGCUGCGAUCUUGAGGCCCUUCUACCCAUUAAAUCAAGUACCUGGAGUGGCAAGGAUGACAACAGCUACAGCUCAAGUAGGACUUGAGUGCCAGCAGGAAGCCCUGUACUGACAUCUCACUAUGCAGGACAGCUGAUUUGAUCUCUUCCCUAUGUCCAGCAACAGUCUUGCAGAAUUAAUAAAGGUCUGUUCAGAGCAAAGCUAUAAUCAGAAAUAUAUAACCAGCUCACUCCCAUAUGCUGAAAAUUAUGCCAAUCUCUUCUUUCUCCCAUUCACAGAUAAUGCCCUGUGCAUUUUCCUAGUCCUUAGCAGCAAAUUGUUUCCUAAAGAAAUAAAUCUCACAUUACAUGCCCUCCUUCUAUAUCCUAA